AGUGAAAAUACCCGCUAUUACCUCAAUCGUCUAGACCAAAUAGCUAUUCCAAACUAUGUCCCAACUAACGAAGAUAUUGUCUGGUCUCGUCGCCCCACAGAUUCCAUAAUCGAGGAAGAUAUUCGAGUCCACGGAACCUCCCUUGUCUUUAUCGAUGUCGGGGGUCAGACAAAGGAGAGGCGAAAGUGGUGCCAAAUCUUCAACGAUAUGAAUUCCAUACUUUUUCUUGUCGGUUCCUCCCAUUUUGAUGAACUCUAUAUGGAUCGAGUAACAGGUGAAUAUCGGAAUAAACUCCGUGAAGCUAUGGCAGUUUUUGAGGGAUUAAUUAACUUCGAAAGUUUCAGAAGAGUUUCUAUUAUCAUCUUUUUCAAUAAGAGUGACCUCCUUAGGGAAAAAAUUGAAGCUCGACGUUCCGGAAUUCGAGCUCACUUUUCAGAGUUUCCUGCGAACGCCGAUGAAUUUAAUCUUGUUGAAGUUCAAAAGUUUCUCGUGGAGUCGUUUGCUUCACUAGUAGAUCCCAUUGUAUUUUCCUCCACAACUGAGCCGACUCCCACAUCUUCCCCCAUGAAUCAGAACCGAUCAAGUUGGUUCCAAAGACGAUCAACAGAAUCUCAGCAGAUAAAAAUGCGUCGAAGUGCUUCCUUGAACGCUAACUACUCCCGAAGAACAACUUCUCUGGACAGAGUUCCGCGUAAACGCACCAUCUACAGGCAUUUCACUACCGCUGUCGAUAGAAAGAACAUUCAAAUGGUUUUUAAUGCAAUGCAGGACACAAUCCUUCAGAACAACCUUCGAAGGCUAAUGAUGAAUUGA